UCAGAAUUGGAAACAAACACUGCUACGAAGGAACUGGGUCGAGAGUGUGUGGUUGUGACAGUCGCCAGUGGGAGAAGGUCCUCCAGGGUCCCCAUCAGACAUGGGAGCGCUUCUGGACGUGUCCGAGUGCCAGCAGUGCAGCUCCUCUGCCCCCGGGGGCUGAGGCUGAGCACAGACGAUGCGUUUACGAUGGAGUGCAAACAGUAAACUCUGUUUCCUGCUCUCCCUGACUCUCUGCGCCUCUCUUCUGCUCCUGAUGGGACUCCAGCAGUGGGGACCCUCGGAUCUGCAGCUCUCUCGAUCCCUGCAGCCCUUCAGACAGACCCUUGGAAAUGCAACCGUGGACAGAAGCCUCUUUAAACAGGAGAAACGAAGCAGAGCCGCUUCAGCGGGGAGCUCCAUCGCUGACUCCAGCAGCGCAUUUAAAAGAGAGGACAGCCGCCACCAAGUUGCAAAAUCGGACAAAGUUCUCCGGACUUACCCCAAAGCGAAAGGGCUGCAGGAUUUUGCGAAGAACUCGACAGUGAAAGAUCAGCGAGGUCCCGGAGCCUGGGAGAAAGCUGCAGCGCUCCCGUGGGACAUCGCACCGCACAGCAAGCACAACAUGCAACUCAGUGACAUUUUUAUUGCGGUAAAAACUACUCGGAAGUAUCACAAAGCCCGAUUGGAUCUGCUUUAUCAGACCUGGAUCUCACUAGUAAAGGAACAGACAUUCAUAUUCACAGAUGGAGAGGACAAAGAGUUGCAAGCAAAGGCUGGAGAUCGCAUGAUUAAUACCAAUUGUUCUGCUGCACAUACACGUCAAGCGCUUUGUUGUAAGAUGUCUGUGGAGUAUGACAAAUUCAUUGAAUCCAAAAAAAAGUGGUUUUGCCAUGUUGACGAUGAUAAUUAUGUAAAUAUUCGCAGUUUAGUCUACUUAUUAUCAGCAUACUCGCACACUCAAGAUGUUUAUAUUGGUAGACCAAGUCUUGAUCAUCCAGUGGAGGCUGCAGAGCGGGUGAAGAGUGAUGGGUCGACAACAGUGAAGUUCUGGUUUGCCACAGGAGGAGCUGGGUUCUGUAUCAGCCGUGGAUUGGCGCUAAAGAUGAGUCCAUGGGCCAGUUUUGGAAACUUUAUUAGCACGGCAGAGAAGAUCCGCCUUCCUGAUGAUUGUACAAUUGGCUAUAUCAUCGAAGGUCUACUAGAAGUGAAGAUGAUUCACAGUGAUCUGUUCCACUCGCACCUAGAGAACCUGCAGCAAAUCCCACCAACUAUUAUCCCCAGACAGGUCACCUUAAGUUAUGGAAGUUUAGAAAUGAAGCGGAAUGUACUGAGAGUCCAAGGGCCUUUCAGUUUGGCAGAUGAUCCUUCAAGGUUCAAGUCUAUACAUUGUCUCCUCUACCACGAUGCCUGGUGUCCUGUCAAAGACAGGUACUGAUCAUGAAAACUAUUCUGAACCUUUUCUCCAAUCUUUUUGAAGAACUUUGUGAGUGAGAAAGGACAUUUAUGGUAAUGAGGAAGAAUAAGACUGUGAUGCUCCAAAGCAUAUUGCAACACAACUGUGUAUCACUUUUUUUGUUGUUGGGUGUAAAACAACUACAAGUAUUCUGCAAAAGGAAGCAGCAAUCAACUCUUUAACAGCCCUAGUGAAAAUUCCAAGUCUGACUUGAAUUGACAUUCAUGUUCUGACCCAUUAUCUUGGGUCUGCUUGUUAAAACAGGAUUCACUGAAGUGGGUCUGCAAUUAAAUUGUGUCAGUGCUGUGUGCCAAAGUACUAAUGUUACCUCUUCUAAAUUUAACCUUCUCUGCUUUACUGUUUUAACUGGUAAGUUGGCUUUAUGCAAGCAGAGACUCUGACUCACUCGACAUUUCUAAUACUUUUAUUUCCUGUGUAUACAGUGAACCUUGGCAAAUGCUGAUGGAUGAUGUUAGGAUGGUACCAUCCUAAAUGUCCUCUCUAUACGUUUGGUAUAAAUGUAUACCAAUUCAGUUCUCGGAAUGUUACGUUGGCUGGUUGUUAUCCAGUUCUAGACAGUCAACAAUGAAACUCUGGGUUUUCUUCUGGAUAUGCCUCCCCCUUUAAUUUAGCAGUUGAUAUUUACAUCUCUGUGAGAUGGUGAUUAUUGAUAGAACUACAUCACUGUGGCUUCAUUGUGCCAUACAAUGUCAGGAUUUUGGGAUAUUUGCCACUGAGUCAUUUGAAAUGCUUUGAUUUCUUACUCCAAUAACAAUUUCAUCGUAAAAUAAUGUUUAUAAACAAUACUUCUUCAUUAAAUAUGUUCACCUCACCUAUAUAGUAUUGUAUUAAUGUGCUGAAUAAUUCACCCAACUCUGUCAGGUUAUGUUUCAUCCAAAGGUUAUCUUGUUAGCCAGAGGCUAAAACAUACUUUAGGACUUGCUUUACUUCGGCAAUGUUAUCAAUUUCCAUUGCACAAUAUCUAGGAACCAAAUUGCCUACUGUAUUCAACUCCAAGUAAGUUGACAAGUCAUUUAAAUUGAUUAAUUUCAUGCUUUCUGGUUUGAGAUGGUCAAUAUACAGGCUUGACUAGGUGUGGAUGUCUAGAAGGAAUAUAAAGUGCAAUUUUACAAACAAAAAUCUCCAAUAUAAAACCUUUAUCUCUAAUACAAGUGUAACUUUGUAGACUGGUUCAUUAUUGGGCUUACCUCAAUAAACCUGUCAUCUAUGAUCUUUUUAUAGUAGUUAACAAUUCUAUUCUAGACAGGAUUUUAUGUUAUUUAUUUUAAUAGUACUUUGCAAAGUAGUAACUCGAACUAAAUGUGGGCUGCCUUGAUGGAUCUUCCAGCAUGUUUUUAAUGAUUUCUGAAUUUAAAAAUGUUUAGAUGCUUCAAAGUAAAAGCUGUAUCUGAAAGAAAAACACAUCAUAAGUCAUAUGUUGCAUCAAAAACUCCUCCUGUCAUUGGGCUCAGAGGGUAUAUGGUUGGGUUAGUGGAGAUUUAAUUUUGCAGGAAUUAGCCAAAGGUCAUUUUGGUUAUCAAUUCUUCUAGUAUGCUAUAUUCAAUUAGUGAUAGCAAGAUAGCAAGACCAACAUACCUCUUGCUUGAUUUGUAGCAGACAAAUAUAUAUAAAACUCAACUCCGUUUCAGUUUAGAUUAUUUGGACGAAUCUGGGAGUGGGACACAAAUUCCUGACUUCUAGCAUAGUUCUAGCAUAGUUAGAAUAAAGAGAAAAUUCUAUUUCUGUUAGCGCAUACAUACAGUCCAGAGCUCCAUAAAUUUGAUUAUACUGGAAUUGAUGUGUUAGAAUGGUUUGCACAUAACAUUCAAAUGAACACUCUGAAUGCAAAUACAGAAAGUUUUUUAGAGACUAUAAAAGAAUGUGUUUUGUGUACUGUAUAAGUGACCUCAUUAAUGGUUUGGGCUCUUAAUUCACUGGUUUUUCUCAACUGAAAAUUGUUCAUAUUCUGAGGCCUUGGCUUUUCCACUGUGAGCUAAGAAAUAUGUCUAUAACUGAAGACAAAUAUUAGUAUGUGGACAGAAAAACAACAUUCAAUUCACUGUAAUCUAUUUUGUUAGAAGUCUGAUUAGCACAGGUAAUUCAAACUUUUGACUGAAAUUUUGUGGGAAGUUUACAAAUAUUGGCCAUGAGCAUAAAUGUAAUCCAGAGUGGAAAGUGGUAAAAGAGAAGUUUGAAAUAAGGAUCCCCAUAUUCCUUAGUCUCCUGACAGAACCGGUGGAGCUUCCAUGAAAAUUGUGGAAACUCUAUUGUACCAGUUCUAUGCUACCGAAGAACUUCCUGGAGCAGCGUAGCAGCAGAUCAGAGUUAAUGGAGUUUAGUAAUGCUGAGUGAUGUGAGUCACCCCAGGAACUGUGUUGCAAGGUACCAAUAGACCGAAUUGUGACAUAAACCACAAAGGUUCUGCAGAAAUUUCACUUACCUUUUAGAUGCUUAAUGAAGGAUACCAGCAAAUUUUCAGUCUGAAAAUCAAUGUUUUCAGAAGUUAAUUUUUUAUAUAUAUUUUAAUCCAUAACAAUUGUAAAUAUUAGAAUGCACCUCAUAAUGAGUGCAAUAGCUAAGAAUAUUGUAAAUCUUGAAAGUUUUUAAUCUAUUGCAGUUUUUCAAUGAGCAUCAUGAUGUCUCUCCUCUCGUUGGAAAAACAAUAUUGUAUGUUAAGUCUGAAAUUGUGUAUGCAUUUCUGACAAGGAGUUCGAUCCUUUCAUGAUAAACAAAUGUAAUUUUUUUUUUACACCUAUAAUUCAAGUUAACUUUAAUUGAUCAACAGUUUCAAUAGAACUCAAAGAACCUGCUGAGAUUGAACAGCUCAUUCCAAUGGACUUUAGGGCAGAGGUAAUUGAUUUAGUGUGCAGAUCGUGGAAUGAAGUAGUUACUGUUCAUGCUGAACAUUGUGGUAUAAUCACUAUCAGAAGAACUGACCAUGGGACUGAAUUGAACAACUGCUCUCCAGGAUGGUGAGCAUAUAAAAAGAUCAAUCCUGGAAAAGCACAUGCAUUGGACAUGGAUGGACCUUAGCAAUAUUUCAACUAAGAAUGUGCAAUACUGUUACAAAAAAUGAAAAAUACUCUGAGAUUGUAGAAAUGCUUACUAAUAAACAGUGUUAUAUCUAUAUGUGAAAAUGCUAUGUUAGAAACAUGUAUGUUUACAUUCAGCUGGAGAAGCCAAAGUUACUUUUAAAUGCCAAGAAUAUAACAACUCAGAUUCUUUAAAACCGGAGACUUCUUUUAUUCACCUGCAUUGUUUAUAAAUGAAAAUAAUGCAAAUUGUAGUAAGCUUAUAUGAGGCUGGUUUGGAAUGAUGAUUGCCAAUAGUUUGCUUAAUUAAAAUGUAGACACUUGUUAAAAGGUGAGAAAUCUAAUUAAAUGAUUACAUUUAAACACUU